GACAACCGCAGAGUCAGUUCGCUUUUGGAUCUACAGGCGAUUACAUAUAUAUCAUGCUGGUGCAUGCAUACCUUUCAGUACGCUGCCCAAAUUGCAUGCACCUUAGCAUACGCGUGUGCUAAAUAAAAGUAAAAAAAAAAAAAAAACGCACGCUAAAUAAAAGAAAACGUAAAUCACAGAAAACCUUUGACAAGGAAUUCGGUAGAAUGGAAGCGGAUGUCGGCAAAACGGAAACGGAUUUCGGUAAAAUGGAAUUGGGUGUCGCGAAAAAUUCGGGAUAUCCGGUAAACGGUCACGCAGUGUGCCCUUUCAGUGGUAAAGUUGCAGUGGAAAAUCAAAAACAAGUGAAGCCAAAUCUGAAGAUAAAAGUUCCUCAGCCUUUAAGAUUAAAGAACCAUCUAGUCAGUGAAGAAAACUUUGAUGUUCUCCAUUCGCAGAUUGAAGAAGUCAGCAGUUUUAACACAAAAUGCACAGAAAAGGUUUGCCAGAACAGCAUAAUGGACAUUCCAAAUAGUGGUGACACUCCACGAAACGCUGAAGAAGUUUACAGACAGGCUCAAGCGUUUCUCAAGCAGUAUUUUACUUCCAUACGGAGAGAAAAUACAGAUGCUCACAUAUCAAGACUGCGAGAGGUUGAGCGAGAGUUGAAGGAAAAUGGCACCUACCAGCUGAAAACUCCGGAACUAGUAUUCGGCGCCAAACUGGCGUGGAGAAACGCAUCCAGGUGCAUUGGCAGGAUACAGUGGAAAAAAUUACAGAUAUUCGAUUGCAGAGCCGUAACAACCGCGAGCGGCAUGUUUGAGGCCUUGUGCAAUCACAUCAAGUACGCCACGAAUAAAGGAAACAUAAGGUCGGCGAUAACCAUAUUCCCGCAACGAACGGAUGGCAAGCACGACUACAGGAUAUGGAGCCCACAACUCAUCAGCUACGCCGGGUACAUCGAACCUGAUGGAUCAGUAUUGGGCGAUCCAGCUAGGGUUGAAUUUACUGAGAUUUGCAUAAAGCUGGGUUGGAAGCCGCCUCGUACCGCGUGGGAUAUCCUGCCUCUAGUUGUUUCAGCUGACGGCAAAGACCCCGAGUACUUUGACAUUCCACGUGAAAUCAUUAUGGAAGUUAAAAUGGAACACCCUACAUUCGAAUGGUUCAAAGACUUAGGCUUGCAAUGGUACGCAUUGCCAGCAGUAUCGAAUAUGCGUUUGGACUGCGGAGGGUUGGAGUUUACUGGUACAGCUUUUAAUGGCUGGUACAUGGGUACUGAGAUUGGAUGCCGUAACUUCUGCGAUUCGAACAGACUUAAUAUUGUUGAGAGUGUAGCAAACAAAAUGGGCCUGGAUACGAAUUCAUACGUGUCAUUGUGGAAAGACAAAGCUUUGGUUGAAGUGAACAUAGCUGUACUCCAUAGUUUUCAUAGAGACAAUGUAUCAAUAGUGGAUCAUCAUUCCGCCUCGGAGCAGUUUAUCAAGCAUCUAGAUAAUGAGAAUAAAAGCAGAGGAGGUUGUCCAUCAGACUGGGUUUGGAUAGUACCACCAAUGUCUUCGUCUUUAACUUCAGUGUUUCAUCAGGAAAUGGCACUGUACUAUUUACGGCCAUCUUAUGAUUACCAAGAGCCAGCCUGGAAAAGUCACCAAUGGAUAAAAUCAGAAGACAAGCCCAGAACUAGAAAGUUCCACUUCAAGCAAAUUGCCCGGGCCGUCAAGUUUACUUCCAAACUAUUUGGCCAGGCGCUCUCUAAGAGAAUUAAGGCGACCAUACUUUACGCCACUGAAACAGGGAAAUCUGAACAGUAUGCUAAAGAGUUAGGGAUCAUUUUCGGGCACGCUUUCAACGCCCAGGUGCAUUGUAUGUCUGAAUACGAUGUGUUUUCGAUAGAGCACGAGACUCUCUUGCUGAUCGUAACUUCCACAUUUGGCAACGGAGAGCCGCCUGCGAAUGGCGAGGACUUCGCAAAGCAUUUACUUCAAAUGCUCUAUAAUGAAAAGAGAAAUCAAGGAGAUCAGAUUGAUAGCGCCGGGACAUGCAAAGUGCCCACGCCAAAGUCGCUAAUGCGAACAAAUAGCGUUAUGACACCAAGUAUUGAAUACAAAAAACAGCUAUCUCGAAUGGAGUCUAAUAAAAAUCCAAAUACAAUCGAAUACAAGAGGCAAUUAUCACGUUUAGAAUCCAAUAAGAGUAGUUUAUCUACAUCAAUAGCUGAAAACAUAGGACCCUUAAGCAAUGUAUGUUAUGCCGUCUUUGCCCUGGGCUCAAGUGUAUAUCCAAAGUACUGCAAUUUUGGGAAAACUAUGGACAGAGUGUUAGAGGAUUUAGGCGGAGAGAGACUACUAGAACUUACAUGUGGAGAUGAAAUGUGUGGUCAAGAGCAACAAUUCCGUUGUUGGUCGUCCAAUAUAUUCCAUGUAGCGUGUGAAACAUUUUGCUUAGAAGAAAACGAGAUGGUCAAAAAUGCGAAAAAAUCAUUUGGUACAAUACCACUUACAGAAGAAACAGUGAGAUUUAAUAGAGCUGAAAAAGAAACCUGUUUGAAAACGGCUUUAGAAACUAGUUAUAGGAAACAGAUUAUUACCUGCAAAGUAAAAGAAAAUAAACAUUUGGGUGAAUACACGAAUGACCGAGCAACAAUAUUUGUGGAGAUGGAAUCGGACACUGAACUAAAAUACGACCCGGGAGAUCAUGUCGGUGUCAUGGCUUGUAACCGAGGUGAAAUAGUUGACGCAGUAUUAAAAAGACUAAAAGGCGUAGAUAAUUUUGAUAGACCUUUGCAACUACAGCUUUUGAAAGAAAAGCUUACCCCUACAGGUACUGUUAAAUCUUGGGAAUGCCACGAGCGUAUGCCUGCAGCAACUGUUCGUGAAGUUUUUACAAGAUUUUUAGAUAUCACAACACCGCCAUCUACCAAAGUAUUGAAAUAUCUAGUUACUGUAUGUAAUGAUGAAAAUGAGGCUAACUAUUUACGUGAACUUAUAGAGGAUUCCAACAAAUAUGAUGACUGGAGGCAUCACUAUUAUCCACACCUUGCAGAAGUAUUUGCUCAUAUUCCCUCGUGUAGACCUCAAGCUUCUCUGCUGGCUGCAUUACUACCACCUUUACAACCAAGAUUCUAUUCCAUAUCAUCUUCACCGCUAGAACAUCCCAAUAGAAUCCACAUCACUGUUGCUGUUGUAAUUUAUAGGACGCAAAAUGGCGAAGGUUUAACACAUUAUGGUGUUUGCUCAACGUAUUUACAAAGCUUGAAAGCAGAUGAUGACGUCUAUGUUUUUAUUCGGAGAGCACCAAGUUUUCACAUGCCAAAAGACAUAUCUAUACCUCUCAUAUUAGUAGGACCUGGCUCAGGUAUUGCUCCUUUUAGAGGAUUCUGGCAUCACAGGAGACGACAAAUUAGAAAUAACUCUACGAAUUCCAAGAAACCAGGUCCUAUUUGCCUACUUUUCGGCUGCAGAUAUAAAGGAAUGGAUUUGUAUAAGGAUGAAAAGGAACAAGCUCUUGCUGAUGGUGUUCUUACAAAGUCUUUAUUAGCGUUAUCAAGAGAAGACGGAGUGAGCAAGAAACAUGUACAAGCCCUGUUAGAAGAUGAAGGAUCUUACAUAACUCGUAUGCUAUUAGAUGAAGGUGGACAUUUUUAUGUUUGUGGAGACUGCAAGAUGGCGGAAGAAGUACAACAGAAACUCAAAGAUGUUAUUAAAAGACACGCACGUUAUUCAGAUGAAGAGGCUGAAGAUUUCAUUCUAUAUUUAAUGGAUGAAAAUAGAUACCAUGAAGAUAUAUUCGGUAUCACAUUACGUACUUCAAUUGUACACAAGGCAUCACGAGAGACGGCGAAGCGAUCGCGUUUAGAAUCUAUACAAUCUUUCACUUAGAUGAUACUGAUUAGUGAAGUUGGAACAUAAGAUAAAGUUUAUUUUUGCUAUGUAAUAGAGAUUAUAUUUUGAAGGCUUAUUGAUUCAAAAUUAUUUAAGGCCUACUUAAG